GCGGCCGCGGCGGUGACGGUGGUGGUGACGGCGGGCCCGGUCCGGGUGCUAGCGCGGCGCAGCCCAGCCCAGCUCAGCCGGAGCGAGCGCAGAGCCGGUGCCCGCAGCCCCGGCGCCGCCAUGGUGGAGGCGGCGCCCCCCGGGCCCGGGCCGCUGCGGAGGACCUUCCUGGUGCCCGAGAUCAAAUCGCUGGACCAGUACGAUUUCUCGCGGGCCAAGGCGGCGGCCAGCUUGGCGUGGGUGCUGCGGGCCGCGUUCGGGGGUGCAGAGCAUGUGCCCUCGGAGCUGUGGGAGCCCUUCUACACCGACCAGUAUGCGCAGGAGCACGUGAAGCCCCCGGUGACGCGGCUGCUGCUCUCGGCUGAGCUCUACUGCCGGGCCUGGCGCCAGGCGCUGCCGCAGCUCGAGACGCCCCCCAGCCCCUCUGCGCUACUGGCCCUGCUGGCGCGGAGGGGCAUGGUGCCCGCGCUGCCCGAGCGCCCGGUGCAGGAGGCCGACCUGAGGCACCAGCCUAUCCUCAUGGGAGCCCACCUCGCUGUCAUUGAUGCCCUCAUGGCUGCCUUCGCCUUUGAGUGGACAAAGACACUGCCUGGUCCCUUGGCCCUGGCCAGCUUGGAGCACAAGCUCCUUUUCUGGGUGGACACGACCAUCCGGCGGCUGCAGGAGAAGACGGAGCAGGAAGCUGCCCAGAGAGCAUCUCCCACGGCCCCUGCCGAUGGGGUGGCCCCAGCGCAGACUUCGCACGCAAUUGCCUUCUGUUUGAAGGAGUCGGGGAGCAAACCCCCCAUGAUCCGAUAUCGCAAGGACCGCGCCGUGGCCCGACGCACCCCCUGCUUUCCGACCGUGACCAGCCUCCAGGACCUGGCAAGUGGGGCUGCGCUGGCCGCCACGAUCCACUGCUAUUGUCCCCAGCUCUUGCGACUCGAGGAGGUGUGCCUCAAGGACCCCAUGUCUGUGGCGGACAGCCUGUACAACCUCCAGCUGGUGCAGGAUUUCUGCGCCUCCCGCCUUCCUCGGGGCUGCCCGCUCUCUCUCGAGGACCUGCUUUAUGUCCCACCGCCCCUCAAGAUGAACCUGAUGGUGCUGCUAGCGGAGCUGUUCAUGUGCUUUGAGGUGCUGAAACCCGACUUCGUGCAGGUCAAGGAUCUGCCUGAUGGUCAUGCUGCCUCCCACAGGGCCACGGAGGCCUCCCCACCUCAGAACAACAGCGGCAGCAGUUCUCCUGUCUUCAACUUCCGCCAUCCACUCCUGUCGCACGGCAGCCCCCAGUCCCCACUCCGAGGAUCCACAGGCUCACUGAAGUCCUCCCCGUCCAUGUCCCACGUGGAGGCCCUCGGCAAAGCCUGGAACCGUCAGCUCAGCCGUCCCCUUUCCCAGGCCGUGUCGUUCAGCACUCCCUUUGGCCUGGACAGCGACGUGGAUGUUGUCAUGGGAGACCCCGUCCUGCUCCGCUCCGUCAGCUCAGACAGCCUGGGUCCCCCACGCUCCGUGCCAGCCCGGACCCCCACCCAACCACCCCCGGAGACUGGCGACCUGCCUACCAUCGAGGAGGCCCUGCAGAUCAUCCACAGUGCCGAGCCCCGGCUGCUCCCGGAUGGGGCUGCCGACGGCAGCUUCUACCUCCACUCUCCCGAGGGGUCCUCCAAACUGCCACUGGCUUCCCCCUACCCACCCGAGGGGGCCUCAAAACCACUGCCCGACGGGCCCACCAAAGCACCCACCUACUCGUCCCACCCCGAGGGCCUCUCGAAACCGUCUCCCUGCCCAGCAGGGGAGGUAUCGAAACCGCCAGCCCUGUCUGAGGGCUCGCCGAAGGUGGCGGCUUCGUCCCCAGUGGCCAGCAACUCUGAAGUGAAGAUGACCAGCUUUGCUGAACGCAAGAAGCAGCUGGUGAAGGCCGAGGCUGAGGCAGGGUCCCCGGCAGCCACCCCAGUGGCACCAGAGGCCCUGAGCUCGGAGAUGAGUGAGCUUGGAGCCCGGCUAGAGGAGAAACGCCGGGCCAUAGAGGCUCAGAAGCGACGGAUCGAGGCCAUCUUUGCCAAGCACCGCCAGCGACUGGGCAAGAGCGCGUUCCUGCAGGUGCAGCCGCGGGAGGCCGGCGGGGAGGCAGAGGCGGAGCCGGGCCUGGCCCCUGGUGGGGAGCGGCCGGCAGGCGAGGGCCAGGGUGAGCCGUCGCCACGGCCGAAGGCAGUGACCUUCUCGCCAGAACUGGGCCCGGCGCCCCCCGAAGGGCUGGGGGAGUAUAACCGGGCGGUCAGCAAGCUGAGUGCAGCGCUGAGCUCGCUGCAGCGGGACAUGCAGAGGCUCACGGACCAGCAGCAGCGGCUCCUGGCUCCGCCAGAGCCCUCCGGGCCCGCCCCGCCUCCCGCCGCGUGGCUCAUCCCUGGUCCCACGACGGGCCCCAAAGCCGCGUCCCCCAGCCCCGCCCGGCGCGCUGCAGCUGCCCGGCGCAGCCCCGGGCCUGGCCCCAGCCCCACACCCCGGAGCCCGAAGCACGCGCGGCCCGCGGAGCUGCGGCUGGCGCCCCUGACGAGGGUGCUCACGCCUCCCCACGAUGUGGACAGCCUCCCCCACCUGCGCAAGUUCUCGCCGAGCCAGGUGCCCAUGCAGACGCGCUCCUCUAUCCUUCUGGCGGAGGGGCCGCCUCCCGAGGAGCCCGCGGCCCGGCCUGGCCUCGUCGAGAUCCCGCUGAGCAGCCUGGAAGAGCCCACGGCUGAGGAUGAGGGAGACGGGAGCCCCCCUGGUGCUGAGGAUUCCUUAGAAGAGGAGGCGUCUUCAGAGGGAGAGCCCCGGACCGGGCUGGGAUUCUUCUAUAAGGUGAGCGGCUGGCAGGCUGGGUCGACACAAGAUCAGACUCCAGCCGAACCAGGGGAGGGACAGCCAGCUACACUCGGUGCCUGCCCCCAGGAUGAAGACAAGCCCGAGGACGAGAUGGCCCAGAAGAGGGCCAGCCUGCUGGAGCGCCAGCAGCGGCGGGUGGAGGACGCGCGGCGGCGGAAGCAGUGGCAGGAGGCCGAGAAGGAGCAGCGGAGGGAGGAGGCUGCCAGGCUGGCCCAAGAGGAAGUAGCCCCUGCCGGCUGGGCCCCAGCCGAGGAGGAGGUGGGCCCCCGGCGGGGGGACUUCACGCGGCUCGAGUAUGAACGCCGGGCCCAGCUGAAGCUGAUGGACGACCUCGACAAGGUGCUGCGGCCCCGGGCGACAGGGAGCGGGGGGCCAGGCCGGGGCGGUCGGAGGGCCCCCCGGCCACGCUCCGGUUGCUGUGAUGACUCGGCCCUGGCACGGAGCCCAGCCCGCGGCCUGCUGGGCUCUCGGCUCAGCAAAGUCUACUCCCAGUCCACGCUGUCUCUGUCCACCGUGGCCAGCGAGGCCCCCGGUAACCUCGGCGUGAGGAGGCCCACGUCUCGGGCUCCAUCUCCAUCCAGCCUCAUGUCCCCAAGCCGCCUGCCUGGCAGCCGAGAACGUGAGUGGGAGAACGGCAGCAACGCCUCCUCCCCGGCCUCAGUGCCUGAGUACACGGGUCCACGGCUGUACAAGGAGCCGAGCGCCAAGUCCAACAAGUUCAUCAUCCACAACGCCCUGUCGCACUGCUGCCUGGCGGGCAAGGUGAAUGAGCCGCAGAAGAACCGCAUUCUCGAGGAGAUCGAGAAGAGCAAGGCCAACCACUUCCUGAUCCUCUUCCGCGACUCAAGCUGCCAGUUCCGGGCCCUGUACACGCCGUCCGGGGAGACGGAGGAGCUAUCGCGGCUGACGGGCUACGGCCCCCGGACGGUCACGCCCGCCAUGGUGGAGGGCAUCUACAAGUACAACUCGGACCGAAAGCGCUUCACCCAGAUCCCCGCCAAGACCAUGUCCAUGAGCGUGGAUGCCUUCACCAUCCAGGGGCACCUCUGGCAGAGCAAGAAGCCCACCACUCCCAAGAAGGGCAGCAGCACCCCCAAAUAGCCCCGUCCCGGGUGCUCCGCAGGCCGGGCCCCGUGUGCUCUGGCCACCGCCCUCCUGGGGGACAGCCCAGAGGACAGUCCGUCGGUAUGCCCGGGUCCUGUCUGUCCCCCCGUGACCUCGCCUGGGUGGGGCUGGAGUCCCCACCCCCUAACUUUGGUCCCGUCCUACUGUGGGGGCUGAGCUGGGAGGUUCAGGGACUCAGGGCUCAGCUCAGUCCCCCGUCUGUCCUCCCCACCUUCUCGAAUAAAGUAAUUUAAAGAGAGCUCGACUGCUGGCGUCUCCCCGAGGCUGGCUGGGGUGCCCGGUGACAUCUCUGCCCGAGACGGGUUCCCACACUCGCCGGCUGUUCCCUGUCUCCCGUUCCCUCUUAAACCUGCUCCGGCCUCUCCUCUGCCCCCUCGACACGACCCGCCCCCCAGGGCCC